UCAUCUCCACACUCACUCAUCUCUUUGAGAACCCAUACAGCACAGCGGACACUUUUCUUAGCUUUCCAAUGGCGGCAGCCACCAUGUCCCUCUCCUCCUCGACCUUUGCCGGCAAGGCGGUGAAGAAUGUACCAUCUUUGGCUCUAUUUGGUGAGGCCCGCGUCACCAUGCGCAAGACCGCGGCGAAGGCGAAGCAGGUUUCCUCCGGCAGCCCAUGGUACGGUGCUGACCGUGUGCUCUACCUCGGCCCGCUCUCCGGUGAGCCCCCGAGCUACCUGACAGGUGAGUUCCCAGGUGAUUAUGGGUGGGACACAGCCGGACUUUCGGCUGACCCCGAGACCUUCGCCAAGAACCGGGAGCUGGAGGUGAUCCAUUGCCGCUGGGCCAUGCUCGGGGCACUUGGUUGUGUCUUCCCUGAGUUGCUCGCCCGCAACGGCGUCACCUUCGGUGAGGCUGUUUGGUUCAAGGCCGGCUCCCAAAUCUUUAGUGAGGGUGGUCUCGACUACCUCGGCAACCCCAGCCUUGUGCACGCGCAAAGCAUCCUAGCUAUUUGGGCAUGCCAGGUCGUGCUCAUGGGUGCCGUCGAGGGGUACCGCGUUGCCGGUGGCCCACUCGGAGAGAUCGUUGACCCACUCUACCCAGGCGGCAGCUUCGACCCUCUUGGCUUGGCCGAAGACCCUGAGGCAUUCACCGAGCUCAAGGUGAAGGAGAUCAAGAACGGUCGCCUCGCCAUGUUCUCAAUGUUUGGCUUCUUUGUCCAAGCUAUCGUCACGGGCAAGGGCCCACUGGAGAACCUCGCUGACCACAUCGCCGACCCUGUCAACAACAACGCAUGGGCAUUCGCCACCAACUUUGUCCCCGGCAAGUAAGCUGUCUUGGGAUUGUGCUCGCCAUGUGGCGUGCUGUCCUGUGGUCUGAGUUGUACUAUCAUGAUGUAAAUUACAAGAACUUUGUGCAGAAGCACGGUUCGAUUUGUCCAUUUCCAUGUCGCGCCUUGCA